AAUGACUUCCGGUGACAUCCAACAGUAAACUUCCGGUGAGAUCAAAUUUCAUACAACCACAACAACAGCUGUUACCAAGAUGGCGGAUGCUUAUGGCGAAGAGGUAUCUUCCCUGGACACCGGCGAAGCCGGGGACCAAAUCUCAGCCAUACUCAGGCGAUGCAGGGGUCGCCCUCGGCUCACGGACACCGACCGGGCGAAGAGGCGGCUGGAGUCACGGAAAAAGUACGAUGUGAGGCGGGUGUACCUCGGAGAAUCGCACAAGGUCUGGAGCGAUCUAAGGCGGCGGACCAGUCUGAGCGACGCCGGACUCGCAGAGUACUUAAUCUUGCUGCACUCAACAUACGGAGAGAGGUAUCAGAUGAAAUACGGCGGGAAGAAGCCGACUCCAGAGCUGUUUGUCAGACAGAAAAGAGGGAAGAGGGAGGAGGUGACUAGCCUCUGCAGUCUGGUCAGCUGGUACCAGGACCACUGCCACUCCUGCCCGCACGAGCCCCAGCUGCAGCCCCCUGCGGCACCCCCAUUGUCUGUGCUGUGGCAGUGCCAGGCUGGCCACUCCUUUAUGCAACACAUCUCCCAGCCAGCAGGAGACGCUAGCGAGUCUGAGACUGAGGGGGAGGCAGAGGGUGGCAGCGGGCCGGGUGCAUACGCACAAGACACAGAGGGUGUCACGACCAGGACCAGGAGGAAGAAGAGGGUGGCAGCAAGCAAGCAGUUUCAGGGGGAGGAAUCGGAUGAGGCAAGGGCGAAGGACACCAGCAUGACGCUGAAUCACGUCAGCAAGGCAACAGCCCUCAGACACCUGCCAGGGUCUCCCACGGGCCAGGGGGAUGCCCCCAUCGAGCAGUCAGUCGGGGAGCAGUCCAUCUGGGAGAUGGAGGUGGUGAUGGAGGGGGACAAAGUAGUGGAGGCGGAAUCAGAAGCAGAGGGAUCGUGCAAGGGUGCACUGAUGAAGCAUGACACUGCAGAGAGUGAGGGUGGGGAGAGGUUGGGGGCACGGUUCGGAGCAGUGGGGACCCAAGGCAGGGGGGGCACAGGACAGGAGGGCUACGAGUGUGUGGUAGUGACAGCUGCCAUGACAGACCAAGCAGACAAGCAUGGCGAUAUGGGUGUGGGAAGAAGCCACACCACCAGCGGGACUUCUCAGCCCCACCGCCCUCUGGCUCCACCCCCCAUUCAGGUUACAGGUCAAGGGGAGCUGUUUGAACAGCAGACCCUGCAGACGGUGGUAGCGAGCUGUCAGAUACCGGAUGCAAGAGGAGCACUGGAAGGGUCACAGGUCAUCAUCAUCACUGGCCCCAGCUACGAGGCCCUGACGUCAGAGGGCAUCCAGCUGAAUGUGGGGGGUGGGGGUGGUGACGAGGUUACCUGCACCUUCAUUGAGGGUUUGGCCUAUAACCAGGUGUGCCAGGCAGAGGCAGGCCUCAGACCACCUGUUCCAGAUACACACGCCAUCAGGGACCUGGGAAGCAAGCAGCUGGUGCAGCCUGGCGUGGGGUCAUGUGUGCUGGAGACCGCCUCCACCAAGGAGCCCCAGCGGGGCCUGACAAGGUCCAGGCGGAGCAGGAAAGGACCAGUGAUCGAGGCAGAUGGGAUGCUCAAAAUGUUCCAUUGUCCGUAUGAAGGCUGCAGCCAGGUGUACGUGGCCAUCAGCAGCUUCCAGAAUCAUGUGAACCUCGUUCACAGGAAGGGCAGGACUAAGGUGUGCCCUCAUCCUGGCUGUGGAAAGAAGUUCUACCUCUCCAAUCACCUGCAUCGGCACAUGAUCAUCCAUUCAGGUGUGCGGGACUUCAUCUGUGAGACAUGUGGGAAGUCUUUCAAACGUAAGAAUCAUCUGGAGGUCCACCGGCGCACACACACAGGAGAAACCCCUCUGCAGUGUGAGAUCUGUGGGUACCAGUGUCGUCAGCGGGCCUCGCUCAACUGGCACAUGAAGAAGCACACGCCAGAGGCACAGUACAACUUCACCUGCGAGCACUGCGGGAAGAGGUUUGAGAAGCUUGACAGCGUUAAGUUCCACAAACUGAAGAGCCACCCCGACAAGCAAGCUGCUUGAGGGAGGGAUGGUGGGUGGGGCAGAGAGUGGGGAUGAACCAUGUGAUGGAAAUGACUCCAAAAAGCUGAGCUGUCCACCACCUACACUUGCUGAGGGGCAAGCGUUCGCCCACUGCGGUUAGAGGAUGUGUAUGGUACUGGUAAUGAUGCCAGAGCUUGUUCCUUACUUUUUGUCCUUGAUCAGACUCCCAAGCCAAGAUAGCUACAAUGCUCGAAACCACCUGAGCAGAACCUGCCAAGGUGUUGCAUUGCAUACACCUUUUACCCACAUAUUACACUGUAAUGAUCCCCUCUUAAGCUUCUUUGUG